AUGAGUGAACUGCUACAACCAGAUCAAUCAAUAGGUGAAGAUUUAGAUUUAGAAAAUGCCAUUGGUGAUGUUUUUGACCAAUUUGAUUUUAAUCCAACCGAUAAUAACAAUGACCAAAAUAAAGAACAAGAAGAACAACUACCGAUAGAACAACAUCAAGAAGAAGAAGAAGUGCCCAAUAAAGAGGAAGAACCACAAGAGGAUAUUGAACUAGAUUUAGAUGAUGUCAUAGGUGAUGCCUUUAACGACGUGUUUGGAGGAACAAAUAGUAAACAACAACAACAAGAAGAAGAAGAAGAAGAAGAACUACAAGAAGACAAAGCAAAUGAAGUAGAUCACCUAGAGGAUGCAAUCGGAGAAGCUUUCAGUGGAGUAUUUGGAGAAACAACACAUGAUAAAGAAACAGUACAGGAAACCAGAAGUACGACACUACUAGAAAGAGCAGAACAAGAAGAAGAAGAAAAGGAAAAGGAAAAGGAGAAAUCACACCAAGAUGAUGAAACGGAUAACGCCAAUGAACAAAAAUCAGAUAGUCAUUAUGAUGAACCGGAUGAUGAGGAUUUGGAAGAUCUAAUAGGUCAAGCAUUUGAUAAUGUAACUAGUCUACCGGAAAAAUCCCCAAAAGAACCAGAAUCAACUCAACCAGAUAAGGAAGAACUACCCGCAAGAGAAUCUACCAAUGAAGAACAACCAAAUGACCUACCGAGAGAGAAGCCAACAGAAGAACAAACAAUAGAGGAGCAUUCAACAGAUGAAAAAGCGACAGAAGGUCCAGAACCAAAGGAAACCAAUCUACUAGAGGAACUGAAAUCCAAUGAACAAGAGUCAGAGCCAAAACCAGUUGAAAAGGAACUACCUGAAAAAGAAGAACCAGAGUUGAAAGAUAACACAGCUCAUGAAGCUGAAUCAAACGAGGACCUUGAAGAUUUGGAUCUUGCUAUUGGUCAGGCAUUUCAAAAUGCAAUCUCCGGUGGUCCAGAAAAUACAGGACCAGUCAAGGAACCUCAACUGGUGAAAUCAAAUGAGAAUGAAGAUGAGCAAGAUGAGCAAGAAGUCGAUUUAGAUGAAGCAAUUGGAGAUGCAUUCAAAGAUCUAAUGUCUAGUGAUAAAGCAAAGGAAGCCACAGAUGAUGUGCCUGCACCCACUAAAGAUCAGGACAAGACGGAAAUUCCCGCUGCGGUACCAACCGAAGACAAGUCGGACGAUGAUAUGGAUCUUGAUGAGGCAAUUGGUGAUGUGUUCAAUAAUAUCUUAGGAAAUAAAGAGAAAGAGACCCCGAAACCCAUCGAGAAUGUUCCAUCUACUACUUUGAAAGAAGCUGUUAGUGUAGUAUCGAAACCUUCUGUUGAGGAUAGUUCAACAGAUGCUAUUGAUCUUGAUGCUGCAAUAGGAGAUGCUUUCAAUGACAUUUUGGGAGGUGGUGAGAAAGAUGACACGUCAAUACCGUCAUCGACUGUCAAUGAUGCCAAGAGACAAGAAUCCAAAGAGAAGGCGACAAUAGAUAUAGAUUCUAUGGAUUUAGACAAAGCUAUUGGUGCUGCAUUUGAGCAUCUUAUCGAUAAAGAUGCACACUCCACUCCAAUUCAGAAGGAAAUUUCAGCAAAAGAUAGUAUUGACGAGGACAUUGAUUUGGAUGCUGCUAUAGGGAAUGCUUUCAAGAAUGUUUUACCACAACUGGGAAAAGAUAAAUCACUUCCUUUACCACCAGAUGAAACUGACAAUGCAUUGGAAAAUGCCAUUGGGGAAGCUUUCAAAUCAUUAUCUACUUCUGCCAAGAAAGAUGAUCAACCAAAUGAUGAUGAUCUUAAUGCAUUAAUUGCCCAAUCAUUUCAACAAGCUUUGAAAGCACCAAAAGGUAAGAAAAAACAACAACCUAGAAAUGAGGAUAUGGAAAGUGCAAUUACUCAGGCAUUUAAAUCUGUUAUGGCCGCCAAGAAAGCCCCUCAAUUGACUAGUAGAGAAAUCGCUAUUCGUAAUUUGGCCGUUGAAAUAUCCCAUCAAGUGCAGGAUCAUUUGAAGGAUGAUAAAUUCAACCCGCCAUUACCAUUUAUUCCUGGUUUACCUCAAUUGGAUGCUGGUGUGUUGGAACAUUUCCAAAAAGAAGCAUACACCGAUGAUAAUAAAGAUGCUAAUGAAAAUGGAAGAUUGCAGUCUGCUAUUUCAAAUGCAAUGAAAACGGCUGAUAUUCAAGCAGGUGGUAUUGCGGAUUUAGAGCAGUUGGAAAUGAAUGACAUCUUACAAAAUGCAUUCAAAAUGGCAUUGGAACAUCCACAAGAGUUACUUUCUAAUUUAGAACUUGAACCAUCUAUUCAAGUGCCGCCAUUGACAACCACUAGACCAAUACCACCUAGAAGACCCAAAUUUGCAUCACCAAAACCUACUGCUGGACCAUCAUUCAAAUCCUAUCCAAGAUCAGCUCCUGUAGUUACCACACCACGUCCUCAACCACCAAAGCCUACGGCAACUAUUCCAAGACCACCUGCCACCAGACCUUCUGUAGUCACGGCAGAAGCACAGAGAAAACCAUCAUUAUUGUCAAAUCCUGCCGUAACUUCUCAAUUAACAACUGUCAUUAGUUCCUUGACUUCUAGAAUCAAUAGUGGUGAACUAUCCGAUGCUAAUAUAUUACAAGUUAUUAGACAAAUGACUGAAGAAUUAGCAUCAGGCGGUUCUUUAACUCCUUUUUUGAAGAAAUCAACUGCCAUUGAAGAUGUGGUUGCCUCUUAUAGAGAUAAUGCAAGACAAGAUAUGUUAAAGGCAUUACAAUUGACUAAAAUAUUUAUCGAGACUAAAUUAGGAGAUGAUAGUAAUAAAGUCGAGAAUAAGAAAUCUGUGGAUCUAUUAACAACUAUUAUUACUGCGUUUGAUCCUAUUGGGUAUGCCAAAUCGGUUGUAAAGGAAAUCAAAGAUGAUGAAGUUGGUGCAAUAUUUGUCUAUUUCAAUGAGGUUAUGAAUGUAUUUUUGAAAAAUUGUCACAGUUCAAGGUUCAGUCCUGCAAUAGUAAAGAAUAUUAAAGAAAUCCAAGAAAAGUUACCCACGAAGAACAUAACCAAUGUACAAUCUGAAGUUGAUAAGAUGUCAAAGGAUGAGAAACUAACCAAACCAUUAACUGAUUUAUUCAAUUUACUUGCUGGAUCUUCAUUACUUGAUAAUUCACAAGCAAUGUUAAUUUCAUCCGUGGCUGCUCUAAGUGUUACAGGAUUUGUUUAUAAAGAAACCACCAAAUCCAAUAAUGAUAGUGUGAUUAAUGCUGUCAGUAAGAUUGUGAAGGAUAUAAUUACAAACACCCCAGGAAUGGCAAUUACAGAUGGAACUACAGCUAGUGCCAGCACUACAAAACGUAUUUCAGACUUGAUUUUGGCAGGUGAUAGAAGACGUACCAAGAUUGAUCCAGAACAAAUUAAAAUUGCAGUUAAUGGAUCUAAUAAAGAAAAUCAAGAAGAACAGAAUAAUUCAUGGAAUUCACAAUCUAUUGCUACUGCAGCUGCAUCAAUUAGAAUACCUCAAUAUAGAAGACCAAGUGCAAUUGAUAAGAAUCAUAUUCCACAUAAACCUGCAUUAACAUUACCUAAAAAUUCACCAUUUAUAUCAAAUAAGUUUUCUUCAAAUUUACAACAACCAUUACAAAUAUCAAAUAGUACUAAUAGUAAUGGUGGUGGUGUAGGUAUUGCAACAGGAGGAGGAGGAGGAAUUGGAAAUAGAUUAAAAAGACCAGGAAGUUUUCAACGUCCUGCUAAUGCUAAAUCAAAAACUACAAGUUUAGGAUUUCCAAAACUUUAUUCUACUUCAAUUAAAUAUAACUAA